UUUAUGACUUUUGAGCAUUUUCUGGUAGAAGUUACAUUUUUCAAUGACGUAUUUAUGUAUCCAUGAUUAUUUGGGAUUUAUUAUUAUUUAUUAUUCUUAUUAUUGUAUUACUGGGUUAGAUUAACAAGUAUAUUAGAAAACAGUGAGGCACUAUCAUCUGCAACAUUGUGUGUGUUAAAUAACAGCUGGAGAAGUGUGUAAUGAUAAAACAGAUAUGAAAGUGGAUCAUGAGGAAGUAACACAUAACAAAACUGGCUUAUCUUAAACAUGAGAAACAAAGUAUAACCACUCCUGGAAACUGUCAAAAUAUCUUUUCAAGUGCCAUUCAAUAGUAGAAAUGCCAUGAGAAUGAGUGUGAGUAUGAAGAGAGUGAUGACAAGCCUUACUUGUCAGCUGCUGGUAGUUACUGCUGUGCUUCACGCUGUUCAACUUGUCACCGGUUACAGCUUUAACAAGUGCAUUAAUAAAUACUAUGGAAAAACAUUUAUUUGUUGGCGACGGACUGAGGAAAAUAUAUCUGCAAUUGUGGGUGACCUGCCGCUGUCUACAAACAACCUUUCAAUCUCAUUUAACCCGAUUAGGCACAUCGGAGACAAGAGCUUUGUUCAUUUACCAAACCUGAUACAGCUCAAUCUGGACCAAAAUCAACUAUCAACACUCGGUGAAAAUGCUUUUCAAAACCUGCAUCAGCUUCGGCUGUUAGAUCUGAGCACAAACAACAUAUCACAUCUGGAACCCUUUUUAUUCAAAGACCUAAACAACCUUACAUUUCUGGCACUAGGGAUGAACAAGUUAAAAGCCCUCCCAAACCAAAUCUUUUUAACGGUUUUAAAACUGGAAAGUCUACAUUUACAGGAGAAUCAUCUUAGCAACUUUUCCCAAAUUGCUUCUGUUGUUUCACCCCUCCAGAAUAUGAAAACCUUGAACCUUUCUUUUAACAGUUUGACCUCUCUCUGGCACUCAAAUACCUCUUUACCCCCAUCACUGUCAAGCCUAUACAUACAAGGAAAUAAUCUGUCUUCUUUGGGAUGCCAUGUGACCUUUCUCAGCAAGUUAAAAUAUCUGGAUUUGUCUUUUAAUCGGUGGAUCUCAACAGAGACUUUUGAAGGAGUGGAUUUAGCCCAUUUAAACCAUUUGCGUUUGCAAGCCACAAAUGUCAAUAUAAUAACAUUCUUAAAUAAUAGUAAUGUAAGACCUAAUUCUGUAGAUUUUUCUAAUACCGGUCUGAAAAAUGAUAGUUUACUUGAAGAGUUUUGCAAAGUCCUUGGUAGAAGGGCAAAAAAUAUUACACAUUUGAGUUUGAAUUUUAAUUCAAUACGCCAGCUGUUAUCAACAUCACUGCAGUACUGUCCUCAACACAUUGAGCAGAUGGACCUCUCAAGAAACAGACUGAAGGACACAAACUGUUUAUUGUUUCUCAAUAACACCAAAGACAUUCAAGUUUUUAAGGCAGAACAUAAUCUUCUUGAUAAACUUAUGCCAUGCAAAGAAAAAAUUAUAGUAUUUAAAAAUCUCAAUGACCUUAGCUAUCGUUACAAUCGUAUUCUCAUUGUCCAUAAUGACGCUUUCAGUAACCUACCAAAUUUGGUUAAUCUUACUUUAAAUAUCAACUCAAUCGCAUGGUUUGGCAGAUGGGCCCUUAAGGGUCUAAGGAAGCUUGAGAAUCUACGAUUGGACAAUAAUUUAAUGACGGACUUGUUCUAUGAAACAUUUCAAGACCAAGUUAACCUCAAAACACUAAACUUAAACUCAAACCGUAUUUCUGUCAUUUUCAACAUGACAUUUGCGAGUUUAGGAAAACUGAAAACACUGGACCUUGGGGGAAAUAUAAUCACUCAUAUUGAAAAAGGAGGCUUUCAUGGGCUUACAAGUUUGUCCAAACUUAUUUUAGAUGAUAAUAAUCUCAAACAAAUUGACACUUCUCAGUACUAUGCAUUUUCUGAUAAACUCAAAGUGCUAAGCCUCAAGAGCAAUAAAAUCAGCUUUUUUUCUCAAACUGUCAGUUCACCAUUUAUGAAUCUCAGUGAGCUCAAUGAGCUGAGUUUAGACAGUCAGCAGCCCUAUGGACUCAUUCUUUUACCCCGGCAUUUCUUCCGGGGCCUCCAUUCUUUGAAAAAACUGCAUCUCACCAACAAUCACAUAUCUCACUUGGCACCAGAUGCAUUUGAUGAUCUGACAGAGCUGCAAUAUUUAAACUUAGACUAUUGCUGUGUUGGUGCCAUUGAACUUCAGCCAGGAAUAUUCAAAAACCUAAAGAAUCUGAACCGACUGAUAGUUGAAAACAUGGGACUCCAGAAUUUCUCAAAAAAAGUGUUUGGAAACCUCACAAAACUACAGUCGUUGCAGCUUAACCGCAACGUAAUGCAUAGUAUUGAUGUGGACUCCCUUGAAAGUCUGCCAGACCUGCAAUACAUGGACAUACGCAAUGUUCCUCUGAGUUGCACCUGUGAUAAUUCACAACUGCAAAACUGGACCGUUAACAACCCUAAAGUUCAGGUGGUGUUCCUACAUGAUCACCCCUGUCAAGAAAGCACAAAACAUAAAUUCUACAGUUUUGAUACCAAGGUGUGUUAUGUAGACUUCGGACAAUACCUUUGUUUCACCACAGCAGCUGUUAUUUUUCUUUUUACACUUGUUCCAAUUAUUUACAUGAAGCUCUACUGGACAUUUAAGUACAGCUACUUUGCAUUUCGUGCCUGGUUUAGCAAGCAGUGGCGCCGACUGAGAGAUGAAGAAGAAAACUGUGUAUAUGAUGCUUUUAUCUCAUACAAUUCCUCCGAUGAACAAUGGGUUAUGGAGCAGCUAGUGCCCAAUCUAGAGGGAAAUGGGUCAUCUUUCAAACUCUGUCUACAUCACAGAGACUUUGAGGUUGGACGCAAUAUUGUGGAUAACAUUGUUUCUGCAGUAUACAGCAGCCGUAAAACCAUCUGUGUGGUGAGCAGGAACUUUCUCAGAAGUGAGUGGUGUUCACUGGAAAUUCAACUGGCCAGUUACCGCCUCUUUGACGAGCACAGGGACGUUCUACUUUUGGUUUUUCUGGAGACUAUUUCAGAACGUCAGAUUUCAUCAUACCAUCGAAUGAGGAAGGUCAUGCUCAAAAAGACCUAUCUGCAGUGGCCCGGCUCUGAUUGCACACACCCAGAACAAGCCCAAAAGCUGUUCUGGACCCAGCUUCAGAGAGCUAUGAAGGAGAACAGCCAAUGUGAAAAUGAGCGGUGCAAAAGUACACAGUCCGAGUAUGAAAUAUCAGAUGAAACGCAUUACCUGCUACCUUGA